GAGGAAAAGAUUUUAUUUGCAUUUUUGUGUGCCCAAAUGUACACUAUCCAGUACCCAAGCAUUUUCCCGCCAAAAGUAACGCGCGCGUUUGUGCGUGGCUUGCCUGGACACCAGAAGCCAUUCACUCGUCUUCCGAUUCCCUUUCUUUAUGUAUGUAUUCUAUCAAGAAGAAAAGGGGUUUUAUCGAUCAAAAGCUCUAUUUGAACUCAUUAAUGUCGUUCUAGGAACAGCACAGAAUUCAGUAAAACGUGAGUAUGUAAAUAUUCCAAGAUAUUGAAGGUUUUUAUUGCGAAAUGCAAGUAGUUUUGACAUUAUAAAGAUACAAGAUAUUGAACUCAACCUUAACCAUCAAUUAAGCUUACAUUUAAAUAUGAGGCUCAUCUUAUAAAUUGUGAUGCAUCGAUUUUGCACCAAUACCAUCCUUGAUAACCUAUGCUAAAUAUAAGUCACACUGGCUUCGGGACUGGCAAGAAUCAAGCUUUUUCUUCAGCUUGUUCACACUUAGAUCGUUUCAGAUCGGACCAAUUUUGACUCGAUUCAAUUUAAACCUUGUACGCUCACACUACAUUCGGUUCAGAUCGAUCGCGAUCGCUUCCGAUCGAUUCAAUCGUUCACAUUUGUUAACAUCUUGUUUUGCUGGCCAGCGGCAGUACACGUAAUUUUACAGCGUUUCCAUGGUAACUCCUAAGGCUUUAAGUUACAAAUGGCCGACUGUCAAGGUUUUGAAUUUAUAUCUUUGCUAUCUUUGGUGAAUUUGUGCAUCUUUAUCAGGUUAAAGAGGCUAAAAGAAAAAUCUCGUCGCAGAAUUGAACUUAAAAGGAAACGGCUACACAGGAAACAGAAAAUAUACAAGCGCAUUUUAAAGAUUCGCGCUGGCGUGCAAACCCGAGGUUUGCUAGUGAGACAAAGCAUUGUAAGUUGUUGUUUCAAUUCACGUUCAACUUGGGUAUUUAAACGGAAUACAGAUGUUUGGCAGGAUGCUAUUACAACAUGGACUGCGAAGGACUGGCAUGACAAUAUUAGGAUGUCGCAGCAAACAUUUUGGCAUGUCUGUGAUAUGGUGAGGGAAAGGAUAGAGAAAAGGACCACUCGAUUCCGUGCGGUCAAAAGUCCUGGAGAUAGAUCGAUUUAUUUUGAGUCGAUUUAAAUCGUCGUUCGCAUUGCUAGUAGUUAGAUCGGUUUGAUAAAGAUCGAUCUAAAGUAAACUACCUCUCGAGAUGGUCUAGUUUGGAUCGUUUGUGAUCGAUCUAAAUGCAAGUGUAAACAAUAAGAAUCGUGAGCGAACGAUCUGAAUCGAUCUAACUGACCCUAGAGUGAACAAGCUCCUUGUCUAUCGGUGCUGAUCCGGAUCGAAGCAAAAAUUAAAAAGAUCCGAUUUCAAAACGACUUUCAAAAGCGUAAAUAACCAAUAUCAAACCUUAAAAUAUACUUAAUAGUAACGAUUUAAGGUUUUAUGUUUUAAUCUGAAAAUAUGGCCGUGGAAGAAGCUACAGAAAGACGAAAUUAUCAGGGUCUAGGAUAAAUAAAGAUGGCGGUUUUAGGUAGCCUUGGGACGAUCAUAAGCUUUGUUGGUUCGUAUAAACAAGCGAUAAUUCUUUGGGAUCAUGGUACUCAUUUGUAGUACAGGGCUGGUUUUAAGGAUGGUUUGACCUGCCGAUUCUAAUCAGGACUCUGCACCAUUAGGAUAAAUGUGGAAACACAUUGAAUGCCAUAUUGCGGAGCAAGCUUCCAUCUUCUCCGAGAUCAUUGGUUCUUGUGAAAGGAGUACCAUAUUAGACCCAACCCUGUGCAGCAAGGAAGGUCUAAAAACUUGUUACAUUUGGCCYGUAUCAAAAACGACACUCAGGCAUUAAAGGAGCUAGUUAGAAAAUACCCUUGGUUACUGAGAAUAUACAUAACACCCAGAAGCAUCAGGUAUUCCUUGAAUAUGGCUGUCUUGAACAACGAAUGAGUUGGUGUAAAAUUCAGAGGCUUUCAGUGCAAUGGCUGUCAAGAGGCGGAUAUCGCUGGAAUGCGAUGGCACUGUGCAGUAUGUUCUAACUAUGAGUUAUGCACUUCGUGUUACAUGAAUGAUGUGCAUGAUAGGAACCACCACUUUGUACGGUUCAAUAAUCCUAGUGAUAGUUACAAUGGCAUCGAGGUUGGAGAGCGUUCCACGUCUUUCAAAAUCCAAUCAAGAGGAAUAUUCCCUGGUGCAAAAGUGCGAACAAAAAAAGACAUGAAAUGCUCAUGGACCUCGCCAGUCUUAAUUGGUGGCCAGGUGGUGAAUCUGAUCACAUGGGAUGGCAUACCAAGAAGUACGGUACUUGUAAGGUGGGGAGAGGUUGGUGAGCAGAUACUUCGGCUUGGUUAUGAAGGAGAAGUUGAUUUGGAGGUGAUUCAGUUCGCACGUGGCCCUGAUUUUUACCCCAAUCACCUACCCAUGGUGUCUGUUGGUGCACAUCUAAGGUUGAUCAGUAAGAUCAUAAGCUAUGACAAAAUCUCAAGUGAAGAAAUAACGGACGAGGCGGAGAAUGCAAUCAAUUACUUGGAUGACUUACUGUCCACGUGUGAUGUUCAAAGCAAUGCUAUGCUAUGCAAAGUCAAAAGAGAUAUACAGGAAAUGCAGCUUGCAUUUGAAAAAUCUGCGAACAUCCAAAAACCGGCAUCAGUGUCUUCUAAGCAAGAGAAUGAAAAAACCGAGUGUCCUCCUUGCGAAGACAUGAAAGAUUCUCAAUCCAGUUCAACGUCAGAUGUUGCCUUGGAAAACAAUUCGUUUCAAAAUGACAAUCAUUCUUCGGUGUGCACUGACACAAUAGACGGUGGCAACGUCGAUAAUGCAAGGGUUCAUCACUUAGUCAGAAAAUUUUCACCUGAUGGUGAUCAACAAGAAGGUCCAAUCCCUGAAAAUGAACGAAAGGAGUACGAAGUUUCAGAAGCACGGCGACAUGUUUCCUGGAUUAUACGCAAAUUUGAAAAAAUGACAUCAUAUGACAUGCCCAAUUUCGACAAAAAGCCAAUGGAACGUCCUCUGUACGUCAACAAUAAGGUUCCUGCUGUAUCCCCCCAAAAUAAGAAUGUCCCCAACAAGAGUUCUACCUUAACCUCCCAAUAUGAGAAGCAAGCCACUGAUGAUAUGGGCACAACUUUUUUGGAAGAAAAGCCCAAGAAGGAAAAUUCUGAAUUUGAAGCCAAGGAUGACAUCAGUGCUGAUGCAAAAUAUGUCAACCGUCUUGUACGCCGUUUCGAAGAAAUAGAGUAAAAACCGACAGGUUUUACUAUUGCUUCGCUUUAUGCUAAACCAUGCAUUUUAAUAAUGAUGAAAAGGUAAAUUAUACACCGUGAAAAGAUGAAAAA